GGUCAGUAAUUGCUACAAACCCCGAAACGAGAAGAAUUGGUUAGCAACUGUUGUUGUGAUUAACAGGCGGCGCCACUUGGUUGAUUCUGUUUGCUCUGCAGCUAAAUGAAAUAUGUCUAGAUUUGCGGAUGAAACGGCAGGUGACGCUCCAGUCAGAGACAUAUCAUUAAACUUCGCAGGAGUUGGGAUACCAGAACAUCUGACUGCUCAGAAUGCCAAGGCAAGGCAAGCAGUGUCAAAAGUCAGCAGGGAGGAGCUGGAGGAUCGGUACCUCCGCCUGCAUGAGGAAAACCUUUUGCUGAAACAGCACACCCACAAACAAGAGGACAAGAUCAAGAGAAUGGCCACUAAGCUGAUCCGGCUAGUGAAGGACCGUAAACGAAUAGAGCAGACGUCAUCAGGCAUGGUCGCGGGUCGGGAUGUUGAGAUGGAGGAGAUGAUCGAGGAACUUCAGGAGAAGGUCCAUCAGCAAGAAAAACAAAAUGAAGGUCUCAAACAGCGCUUGCUGGCGGCCAAGCAGCAACUUCAGGUGCAGAACCGUCGUCCCACUCCCUAUGGCCACAUUCAGUCACGCGUCAACACAGGCCUCCGCAGGCUGAAGGAUGACUUCCCUACCACACCUCAAGAUGCCAACACUCCCACCAGAGCCACCAGGAGUGCGGACGCAGACAUGGGAGCUCGUCCACCCCACGGCCUGCUUCCACGUUAUGGCCAUAGCUUACUGGAUGAUGCCAGAGCUGAGAUACGAAAUUUAGAGAAUGUGAUUGAGAACCAGGUAGCACAGAUGGAAGAGAUGGAGAGAAUGACGGAAGCAUGCAGGGACCAACUAAGGAGAAAAGAAAGAGAGUAUGAGGAAUCUCUCCUCCAGCUGCGCGGACAGCAGACCAGUGGGCAGAGAUCAACGAUUAAAGAUAAUGUUGAACUGAUCAAACUUCAGAAACAACUGGCUGAGAAAGGGAAUGCUUUUACUGUGCUGGAAGAAAGGUUUUUACAACUUCAAGAGAGCCAGAGGACUCUGAAAGCCAGCCAUGAUGUGGUGAUGGCUAAAAUAGAUGAGCUUACUGAGCAGCUGAAGAGGGAGCGUCUGAAGAACUUGGACCUGGAGGCCCAGUUACAAUCAAAGGUUCUGGAACAGAGGAAGAUCGAGGAGCUGAAAGAGCAGAUUGUGGACCUGGAGAAGGAGAAAGAUCUGCUGAAAGAGAAUUGUGAUAAACUGGUGAAUAGUGCCUUUGACGUGAGCCAGGAGCAGAGAUGGAAGACGAGAGAGAAGCAGCUCAGACUGCAAAUUGCCCAGCUUGAAAUGGCACUGAAAUCAGACCUCACUGACAAGAACGAGAUUCUCAACAAGGUCAAGGCAGAGAGAGAUGCAAAUGAAGCUUUGUCUCAGGAAAACACACAGCUCCAGCUGCGCUAUUUAGAGCAGAAGCAACAACUGGAUGAGAUUCAAGAACGCAUGAAGUUUUUCACAAAGGAGAGUGACGUCGACGCUGCAGAACUCAGUGAGGCACUGAUGCUCAUUAAGGUUCGUAGAGUCCAGAAGAGUGGAGAUCUUGAUUUUCUGGAAAAGGAGCGCAAAGAUGUCAAAGUGGAUUCCAUGAAGGAGUUACAGGCUACCUAUGCUGAGACUGUCCAAGAGCUGGAGAAGACGAGGAACAUGCUCUUCAUGCAACACAAGAUCAAUAAAGACUAUCAGGCCGAAGUUGAAGCCGUUAACCGUAAAUUAGACGACUUGAAGAUGGAGAGUCAAACGAAGCUCGAGAAGCUGGCCCACCUAUUAGACAUGAGAGCUGCUAAAAUCAAGAAACUAGAAGCUCAGCUCCGAGACAUUGCUUAUGGAACCAAAGCCCAUGUGUUCAGACCCGAGGUGACAGAAGAGGACACAGCGGACGAGUUUGAUGAAACCGUCCACCUGGAGAGAGGCGAGAACCUCCUAGAGAUCCACCUUGGCAACGCUCGGUUCUCACCUGAAGCCCUAGGGACCCUGGGGGACCCUGACCCCUCCACCUUCUGUACGUUCGCCUUCUAUGACUAUGAGAUCCAGUCCACCGCAGUGGUGCAGGGCGCCCACCCGGCCUACAACUUCACCUCCCAGUACCUGGUCCGCAUGGACGAACUCCUCCUGCAGCACCUUCAUACCAGCACUGUUGCUGUGGAAACCCAACUGGCAGAAGGUCUGGACUAUCGGACGGUGGCCGCUGGUCAUUUGCGACUGAGCCAGGUGUUGGACCGCAGUGGGAAGGUGUUCGGUACCUUACACCUUGUGGGUGUUGAAGGGGAAACCCAGGCUUUCGGCACUCUGGACUACUGGGUCCGGCUGAGGGUUCCUAUGGACCAGGCCAUCCGCCUCUACAAAGAGCGGAUUAAAGCCAUGGGCUACCUGGGCUCCAGCAUGCCUGAGGACGGUCAGGUACGGCCUCACAAAUCAGACAGUCCCUCCGUGAAUCCCUCCCCAUCUCUCACGGAGGGAGGCCUCAAUGAGCUGUACGUCACAGUGCGCUGUUGCACCAUCACAAAGUCUCACGAUCUGAACUGUCAGCCCAGCCCGUAUGUGGUCUACAAACUCUACGACUUCCCCGAUCAUGAUACCCCAAUCAUCACUAGCAGUAAUAAUGUAUUUGACAACUGCAAGGCCUUCCCACUGGAGAUGAACUCUGACCUCGAUCGCUACCUCAGGACAGAGGCGCUCUUCUUCUAUGUAUUUGAUGACCAGGAUGUAGGUGGACAGUUGUACUUGGGAAAAGCCAGAGUUCCCCUGUUAUCCCUUGCCCAUGAUAAGUGCAUUACUGGGACAUUUGAGAUGGCCGAUCCGGCGGGGUGUGCUAGUGGUCACCUUGAGGUCAUGCUCAAAUGGAGGUACACUUACCUCCCGCCCCCAGAGUCCGCAGUGACCCCUGACCAGGCCAAGGUCAUAGCCAAAAACACACUGACCAAACUAACCGCCAAAGAAAACUCUUCAGACAAAGAGCAAAAGGAGGAGAGAGAAGAAGAGGAGCCAAAAGAUAAAGCACCUCCUCAGACACCUCACAGCACACUCUCUGGGACUCCAUUACCUAAACCCAGACAGUACCUCACCAUAAGGGCACCCAGCAAGAAAGUCUCCUUUGAGGGCUUCACGACAGAGGAUCCUCCAGUGGAGGAGAGUGGUCCCUCUGGGUCUGAACACAGCAUGACCGUCACACCGGAGACCACCCGUGUCCCAGCAGCACCGCAGAUUGAAAGGGCCGUGGAGGUUAUGCAACCGGCACGUGCGGAUGAGGGAGAGGAGGACGAGGAUGAGGAAGAGUCCCAUUUCUCUGAGGGCCAGGUCAUUGGAUCCAGUUCUCUCUCCAUCUCUGAGGAGUCCGAAAUAUCUGAGGAAAUACCCAAGCAAGAAAUGGAUGAACAGCAGAUGGAUUCUUCUGAUGUGAAUGAAUUGAUCCUGUCCGAUAGUGAUGACUGCAUUGUUCCGGGUCAUAAUACACAGAGUCGGAAGCAGCCAUCAGAGCGGAUCCGUGUGGAGGUGGUGUCGUUGACGCUGUGUGCCGCCUCCAGGCUGGCUGACGAUAGGAACAUCGCACGGCUGUUUGUGGAGUACUCCUUCUUGGAUCUGCCCUCUAUUGAAACCCCUCUGUCACUGCCCAAGCCCCUGGCUGGACAAAGCAUUCACUACAAUUACAGCAAUGUCAUUCAUGUAGAUGUGGAGAGGAACCAGGCACGGCGGCAAGCUCUCAGGGCACUGUUGGAGGGCAGGACCAAGCAUUUGGAGAGGAUCAGGUUCACGGUGGUGAGCGACCCCCCGGAGGAGGAGGAGCAGGAGCAGGAGUGUGAGGAUGUGGGCGUGGCCUAUCUGAGGAUUCCUGACAUUCUAGAGAGACAGCGGGACAUGGUGGAUGUCUCUCUAAACAUUGUGAACAUUACCGAUAGCAGUGAGGUGGUCGGCACCCUGAAGGUGACCGUUGAGGCUCUCGAUGCCUUGAAGUCCAUCAUGGAGGAUCCUGACCACGACCACCCCACGUCUACCCCACCGGCACAAGCUUAGAACCGGGAGCAAUACAGCUCUAUUUGAUUACAUGUCCCUGUGUGUGCACAAGCUUAGAACCGGGAGCAAUACAGCUCUCUUUGAAUACAUGUACCUGUGUGUGUGCACGUAGCCACAUGGAUUUUAGGUCAUAUGAAUUAAACAAGAGGUUCUGUUCACUGUGGUGCAGGCAGUUCACAUGGCACCCUGGAGUUAAGAGGCGUGUAAUGAUGUUAGUGUUCAGAAUGAAAGGCCUUCUUCUCCAUCUGUUCUGCCCCGGGCGGAAGUGUUUGACGGCAGCUCGUCCAGUUGCACUGAGCAUUGAGGUUUAACGGAAUGUCUGAUAAGCCUUAUUAGUGCGUUUUCUACUAAAUGGCGUUAUUUAUUAAUGGAUUAAAACUUGGCUUUAAUAGGAUUUAAUUUAGCUGUUUAAAAUGCUAAUGUAAGUCUUCAUGGCCGUUGAACCUCAUCAACUGAUGAAUAGUUCUACAUUGUUUCAGCUUCAUCCAGUAGAAAACAAGGACAUUGGUUUCAACCACUUCUUGAUCAUGUGUCAUUCCAAGGGAUCAAGAAAUAAGGCAAAUAGCGUAGCAAUCAGUGCAUUUUUAAUGUAUGCAUUCGAUUUUUAAUGUAUGUAUUUCUUAUUUAUUGAAGAGUUUGGAUAUACAGUGAAAUGUUGAUAUAUGUUGAGAGGUCUCUGUGGUGCAAAAUCUGUGUUCAUGAUGAAAUCUGAAGAACAUGAAAUAAAGUGUGUCACAACGACACUUAUAUUG